UGUACCAGGGGAAGACGGGAGAGGAGAGGCAGCAGAUGAUCAAAGCUCUAAGAGAAGAGCUUCGUCUGGAGGAGGCUCGCCUCGUGCUGCUGAAGAAGCUCAGGCAGAGUCAAAUGCAGAAGGAGAACGUGGUCCAGAAGGUGAGUGCUGCUGACGCCACAGUCUCACAGUCACGGCCACUGCUGGAGCUCUGCAGCUCUUUGCAUCGGUGGUGGUGCCUUCGCCAUGGUUACGUGGGUUCAGUUCAAGUCACUUUUAUUUGGUGCCAAAGGAGGCUUCAGUUGUCCUUCUCCUGUCUGCAGGGUCACACAGUCAUCCGGUCAGCGGCUAAUGCAAACCUGCCCCCCAUAUUGAUGUCUCAGCGAGUGAUAGCACCCAACCCUGCCCAGCUGCAGGGCCAGAGGGUCGCGUCCAAACCUGGGAUGUCUCGUUCCAGUUCCAACAGCUUGGCUAACGCUGUCAGCUACCAGCAGGCCAGUCAGGUGGCGGCUUCCCAGCGCUCAGGCUCCAGCGCCAUGUACAUGAACCUGGCCCACAUGCAAGCGGCAGCAGCUGGGGCCGGCGGCCUGGGCGGAGCUUCGGCCGUCAGCCCGUCCACCAUGUCCGGUUCGGCCAGCGGAGCGGUGAGCUCCAUGGCAGACCAGGCGAGCAGUCAGGCGGCGGCCAAGCUGGCCCUAAGGAAGCAGCUGGAGAAAACCUUACUGGAGAUCCCUCCACCCAAACCCCCAGCCCCCCUCCUGCACUUCCUGCCCUCUGCUGCCAACAGCGAGUUCAUCUACAUGGUGGGCCUCGAGGAGGUGGUGCAGAGUGUGCUCGACAGUCAGGGUAAACUCAGAGGGACGCUGGCCCGUCUGGAGCCUUUCUUCUGCGCCCAGUGCAGAACUGACUUCACCCCCCACUGGAAGCAGGAGAAGAGUGGGAGGAUCCUCUGCGAGCAGUGCAUGACAUCCAAUCAGAAAAAGGCUUUGAAGGCCGAGCACACCAACAGGCUGAAGAAUGCCUUCGUGAAGGCCUUACAACAGGAGCAGUUGUCCUUCUGCUCCACAGGGUUAAACAUCGCCUAUCUGAACCCAGCGGCUGUCGGAGCCCAUAAGAGCUCCAGCUUAGCAGACCGGCAGAGGGAGUACCUGUUGGACAUGAUCCCGCCUCGAUCCAUAUCGCAGUCGAUCACUGGACAGAAAUGAGCCCUGUCCAGCUCUUGCCCCUCGAAGCCACCUUCAUCUUCAUACCUAAACCAUACCGAAGCACUCCUAAAUCAGUCGAUCCCCUCUCCUCUUCACCUCUCAUCGCAUGCAGUGCCUGUCCAUGUGCCUACCUUAAACUGACCCAUAAAAACCCCACCGAGUUGGACGAGGACUCUAAACGACCAGUGCAUUUGACAUGCUCUUAAUAUAGUAAAAUCCUUCUUCUUCAGUCUAUUUAAGAAUUAUAAUUCCCCUUAUUAUAA